GGGCGUGCUGAUUUCUCGUUCCGCAGACUUUUUCGACACUGGUUUCCUGGAAUCAAUCCCCGGAACUCCGACUGACAUUAAGAAUGAGAUUGACGCGAGCAUAAGUGGUGAUCCUACCAGCUACACACUAUUGCAUGAUGCCUACGAGACUGAUGUGACGUCAAUGGUCAAUGACCCUUUCGAACAGAACUUGUUUUAUCUUGAGAAAGACACACGCAGCCUCUAUAGGAUGGACAAUUUCGAUCUUAAAUUUGAACACCCAAACCGCACUAUCACGAGUGUACACGCUGGUGUGUCUGAAUCCUCAACCAGCAUCGCUUUUGAUUGGAUAAGGAAAGUUCUGUACUGGGUAGACAAUCAUCAUGGAUGGGUCUGUUUACAACCAGCAUACACAGACGAUCCGACGAUGUUCACAGUGAUCAUCCACAGCUUGUCAUAUCCCUCGGCAAUAGCACUGGACGCAAUAGUGGGGAAGAUUUUUUAUUUUGAUCUGAGAAGCAGUAGUGGCCGUAUAUCAUCUGCUUCAUUGUCAGGAGACUUACAGAAAGUGAUAACACACAGAUCACUCGGGUUCGUGUCCAGUAUGGUCGCCGACCCCACAGAGCAGCGGCUGUACGUUUUAGACUCCGAACGAAUGGUAAUGGAGUCAAUGACCUAUUUUGGAAAUGACCGUCGGUCCAUCAGGAAACUGGCCGGAUACAAUAUUAUGUCAAUGGCUAUCACAAGGGAUGAUGUCUGCGUUGCUGAGCCUAACAGUUACUUUGUCGCCUGUUUCCUAAAGACUGAUGGCUCUCUCAAUAUGUUUCUCUCUUAUUGGUUCAAUACUCCUCGUGCCACCUCAUACUACGACAAGGCAUUCUUGGUAACAAAUGAGACAGAUAUCUGCAAGGACAAGGGAUGUGAACACAUAUGUGUUUCCAAUGGCACCUCCACGCAUGCGUGUCUCUGCAAGGAAGGUUUUACAUUGAAUAGUGACAGCAGAACAUGCACAGAGGAACACUACCUGCACGCUUCCGGUGUCCUCGUCAGUAACGGCACCCACAUCUGUAUGUCAGAGAUGCGCAGUAUGUCGGGAGGAACACUUGACCCUAUCUGUAUCCGCGCCAACUUCAGCGAUGUACGCCACCUGGCGGCGGAUGCCAGCACUAACACAGUGUUUUACUAUGACAAGGCUCAAAGUGAAAUUAGUGCCCAUGAUAUCAUAACCGGCGCAACUACCGUUCUUGCUUCUGCUGGCAAUGUGACAGGACUUGUAUAUGACUGGAUCACGAAGAACCUGUUCUGGGCAGAGGCAGACAUUGGCGACAUAAGAGUAGUCAAUGUAAACGACAAAGCAAGCUCUGUCGUGUAUUCCAAUAUCCGCGGUCUUGGUCCCAUAGCGAUUAGUCCUCAUAACCAAAGUCUUUUCUGGAUGAGCCAGGAAUUUGACGGAUCUGUAACGGUGUACGCCGGAAGUAUGGACGGAUCCAAUACGACGGUUAUUGUAAGGCCGGAAGACACUUUUAUUCCAUCAGCGAUGUACGCUGAUCCAUCCACUGGCAGACUAUUCUAUCUGGACUUCUUUACACUGGUAGCCAUUAACCCAGACGGAAGUGACCCUGUGGUGUUAUACACCUCCGUUAUGACAUCCGAUCUCGUCAUUUAUAAGAGGUACGCCCUGUGGAUCUCCGACGAUGACGAUUUCCUGUACGGGACCUCAUACUUCAAUGCGAACAAGGACACCAGGCUUCAUGACGAGGAAUUCGGACAGGUCACUGCUCUGGCAGUCUUUGACAUCACCCUUCAAAAACAGGAACUAAGUGUCUGCAGUAGAGUACCAAACGGUGGAUGUGACGAUAUCUGCCUCCCAUCUGAUUCAGGACCUGUGUGUAAAUGUAGCUACGGUUUAACUCUCAAAACAGAUAAUAAGACGUGUUCAUCAGUACCUAUGACGGAUAACUUCCUGCUUAUCUCUGAUAUUGCCAACUACAAACUUUACCAAGUGUCACUUACUGAUGGGAAUAAUGUUACACUUUUGGAGAGCGAGCCAUCUUUCUACGCUACCGGGUCUGCAUACAACCCUGCUGAUGGCAGGAUUUAUAUCACUGAUGCAGCUUCUGAGACCAUCUUCAGCAUGCUGCCAAAUGGCUCCAACAGAACAACUGUUGUCCAGUUUUCGGGUAAGGUACCGGAACGACUGGCUUUCGACGGCUCCACUAGAAAUGUCUACUACAGUGUGUCCGAUAUCUUUAGUUUUGGGGCCGAUGGGUAUAUAGGCGUUUAUGAUCCAACCAAAAUGGUGCACAAGAUUCUAGUUGAAAACUUGGAGUCUCCGAGAGGUCUUGCGGUAUUCCCAUCGGAAGGAUUGCUGUUUGUCGCGGAUUACGGAUCAAUCAGCUCAUCAAUCGACAGCGUCUGGAUGGACGGGACAAACAGAAAAAAUCUUGUGACAGACUCGGACGAACUUGUAGCACCAACCGGUCUGACUUUGGACUAUGCAAAUAAGAAAGUAUACUGGGUCGACAAUUAUAAUGACGAUAUCCACAGCUGUGACCUUGAUGGUGGCCAAGUGACCCAUUUUCUGACGGAGCCCAUUGGUUACUUGACUGACAUUGUUAUCCAAGGCGACUACCUAUACUACGUAGGCAUGAACUUACCAAGUGUGAUGAAAGCCGAGAAGGCAACUGGAAACAAAAUGACGUAUAUGAGCCCAACAGCUGAGCUAGGAGCUCUUGAGACUGUCUCUGUACAACCAGGGGACCUCCAGCCAGUGAAUAGCCACUGUCAGAAUAACAACGGAGGAUGUAGCACCUUCUGUCUACCAAUUCCAUUCGCUCGUAGCUGCGGAUGUGAGGAAGGGGUGCUACUUCUGGAGGACAAAAUGACAUGUCAGGGAGUGAAGAAGGAGUGUCCUAGAAUUAUUCCGUUUGGCUCCCUGGUUCCUGACAUAGACUGUUUCGCUAUAGAGGGCUAUAAGUGUCGGGUGACAUGUAGUGAAGGUUAUCGCAGGAAUCCAGCUCAUACUUUCGACAAAAUGACUUGUACCAGCACUGGGCAAUGGGAUUAUGACGUGAACACUAUUUGUGAACCCGUGACAUGUCCGCAAGAAAUACCAAAUGGUCAGUUAUCAGGUGGGUGCGACCGGUCGGUAAACGCUGUAUGUUCAGUGCAGUGUAACACCGACUACACCCCCGGCCCCACGGGAUCCUUAGUCAGCUGUCAGAGAACCGGCUACUGGACGCCUGAUAGUUCCACAACUUGUAUACCAAUUGUAAGAUGCACGCCGAGUGUUCAGAAUGGUAUGCUGAGUGCUGACUGUAAAGUAGGUAGCACCUGCUCAAUCACCUGUAAUGAAAACCACUCGUUGAGUUCUCACGUCCUAUCUGUACACUGUCGCGCUGACGGAACCGUCAGUGUCAACCCAAACACAGUCUGUGAACCUAUCAAGUGCCCAGAUCUGGACAAUGUGUUACUGGAGUCGAGCUGUCUGUCUAAAGCUGGUACUGAAUGUGGAUUUACUUGCAAGGGUGGCUACACGGCUGUUCAUCAGGGGCGAGUGGCUUGCCAACCAGACAGCACAUGGUCCAUGACAUCGAAUGAGCUCUGUCAAGCCGUCACUUGUGAUGAGACAUUGCCAGGAACAAUCCUGUCGCCUGGAACGACUCCCAAAGCCAACAUGGAUUUUACUUUCACAUGUGAAGAUAAUUUAGUCAAAAAUAAUGACGUUCGAUCGGUGCGGUGUAUGACUACCGGAUCGUGGAGUAUAAAGUCAAGCUCACUGUGUACUGUGGCCAGUGUGACCGGUACUGAGAGUCAGACAAGUAGUGCUAAUGUAGGUGCGGGCGUUGGAUAUGGUGUCCUAGCCAUGGUGGCGCUCAUUCUCGUCAUCCUGGCCAUAGGCUACUUCUACUACCGUAGCAGACGAACCAGCAAAGCUCGAUUCGUGGAAUCUCCUAAUGUGAAGUUUUCAGGGAACAAUGAAUUUCACAACCCUACAGCUCAUAUUGAUGGCACCAAUAUUUCAAACCCCCAAUAUGGCAUAACGGAUUCAGCCACAAACAAUCCAAUGACGUCAGACUUACAUCCCUAUGAGAACCUCCCGGAAGUGAAAAGCAUGGACUUGUCGGAGGCUAAUGGGGCGAAUACUAACCCUUAUCACAAGUUCUGAUUAUACAGCUAUCACGGACAGAAAUGUUGGCUAAUAGUUUGUUGAUUAGUUUACGUCAACACUGGUUUAGUUGUGUUAAAAAAUAGAGGGGUGGAUCUUCUACUUUUAAAAUAUAGCCAAAUUAGAAUGAGUUUUUUAAGAUCGUUCAACAAAAUAAAAGAUGCAGAUUUUAGCAAUUUGAUUUGUAAAAAAAGUGAUGACGAAGACCCCUGUCAUCAACUGCACCAAAUCUCUUCUAUGAAAUCUGUGUUUUCACUAUUACGAAUACGGUAGCAUCUGGUUAUAUUGGCGUUUCUUGUGAGUAAUAGAGAAUAUUGGUAAUACAUCUACUGGUGUCUGCUGUAAAGGACUGCUAAUAUACACAGGCAAAACUAAUGCUAUGGACUUAAUGCUAAAUAUGUUUGCACACAUCUUUCUUGCGAUGCAUUGAUAUCUUCGACAAUUCUUAAAUAAAUUGUCAGCUUAAUAUUUACUUAGCAUACAAUCUUGUAUAGAAAUCCACGCUGUGAGUAAGACUGUAGUAAUCCUCUCUGUUCUAACAGUGAGACUGUAGAAAUCCUCUCUGUUCUAACAGUAAGACUAGAAAUCAUCUCUGUUCUAACAGUGAGACUGUAGAAAUCCUCCCUACUCUAACAGUGAGAUUGUAGAAAUCCUCUCUGUUCUAAGAGUGAGACUGUAGAAAUCCUCCCUACUCUAACAGUGAGAUUGUAGAAAUCCUCCCUACUCUAACAGUGAGACUGUAGAAAUCCUCUCUGUUCUAACAGUGAGACUGUAGAAAUCCUCCCUACUCUAACAGUGAGAUUGUAGAAAUCCUCUCUGUUCUAACAGUGAGACUGUAGAAAUCCUCCCUACUCUAACAGUGAGAUUGUAGAAAUCCUCCCUGCUCUAACAGUGAGAUUGUAGAAAUCCUCCCUGUUCUAACAGUGAGAUUGUAGAAAUCCUCUCUGUUCUAACAGUAAGACUAGAAAUCAUCUCUGUUCUAACAGUGAAAUUGUAGAAAUCCUCUCUGUUCUAACAGUGAGAUUGUAGAAAUCCUCUCUGUUCUAAGAGUGAGACUAUAGAAAUCCUCCCUACUCUAACAGUGAGAUUGUAGAAAUCCUCCCUGCUCUAACAGUGAGAUUGUAGAAAUCCUCUCUGUUCUAACAGUAAGACUAGAAAUCAUCUUUGUGCUAAAAGUGAGACGAGAAAUCCUCUCUGUUCUAAGAGUGAGACUAGAAAUCCUCCCUGCUCUAACAGUGAGAUUGUAGAAAUCCUCUCUGUUCUAACAGUAAGACUAGAAAUCAUCUUUGUGCUAAAAGUGAGACGAGAAAUCCUCUCUGUUCUAAGAGUGAGACUAGAAAUCCUCCCUGCUCUAACAGUGAGAUUGUAGAAAUCCUCUCUGUUCUAACAGUAAGACUAGAAAUCAUCUUUGUGCUAAAAGUGAGACGAGAAAUCCUCUCUGUUCUAAGAGUGAGACUAGAAAUCCUCCCUGCUCUAACAGUGAGAUUGUAGAAAUCCUCUCUGUUCUAACAGUAAGACUAGAAAUCAUCUUUGUGCUAAAAGUGAGACGAGAAAUCCUCUCUGUUCUAAGAGUGAGACUAGAAAUCCUCCCUGCUCUAACAGUGAGAUUUUAGAAAUCCUCUUUGUUCUAACAGUGAGACUAGAAAUCAUCUCUGUUCUAACAGUGAGACUGUAGAAAUCCUCUCUGUUCUAACAGUGAGACUAGAAAUUCUCUCUGUUCUAACAGUGAGACUAGUAAUCCUCUCUGUUCUAACAGUGAGACUAGAAAUCAUCUCUGUGCUAAAAGUGAGAGGAGAAAUCCUCUCUGUUUUAACAGUGAGACUAUAGAAAUUCUCUCUGUUCUAACAGUAAGACUAGAAAUCCUCUCUGUUCUAACAGUAAGACUUGGAAUUCUCUUUGUUCUAACAGUAAGACUUGAAAUUCUCUUUGUUCUAACAGUAAGACUUGAAAUUCUCUCUGUUUUAACAGUAAGACUUGAAAUUCUCUCUGUUUUAACAGUAAGACUUGAAAUUCUCUCUGUUUUAACAGUAAGACUUGAAAUUCUCUCUGUUUUAACAGUAAGACUUGAAAUUCUCUCUGUUUUAACAGUAAGACUUGAAAUUCUCUCUGUUUUAACAGUAAGACUUGAAAUUCUCUCUGUUUUAACAGUAAGACUUGAAAUUCUCUCUGUUUUAACAGUAAGACUUGAAAUUCUCUCUGUUUUAACAGUAAGACUUGAAAUACUCUCUGUUCUAACAGUGAGACUAGAAAUACUCUCUGUUCUAACAGUAAGACUUGGAAUUCUCUUUGUUCUAACAGUAAGAUUAGAAAUCCUCUCUGUUCUAACAGUAAGACUAGAAAUCCUCUCUGUUCUAACAGUGAGACUAGAAAUUCUCUCUGUUCUAACAGUAAGACUUGAAAUACUCUCUGUUCUAACAGUAAGACUAGAAAUACUCUCUGUUCUAACAGUAAGACUAGAAAUCCUCUCUGUUCUAACAGUAAGACUAGAAAUCCUCUCUGUUCUAACAGUGAGACUAGAAAUUCUCUCUGUUCUAACAGUAAGACUUGAAAUACUCUCUGUUCUAACAGUGAGACUGUAGAAAUCCUCUCUGUUCUAACAGUGAGACUAGAAAUCAUCUCUGUGCUAAAAGUGAGACGAGAAAUCCUCUCUGUGGUAACAGUAGAAAUCCAUUGAUUUUGUGAUUACAAGACCAAGACUUCCGGUAAUGUCCUACAGAAAAAAAUACAUGUUAGGUUAAAAGAUAUUUCUGUUUUACAUCCAACAACUCUAACAGACCAGCUAAGUAACUGUGACAACUGUUAUAUGAACAUUCUUGUAAUGCUUUCUAUUUGAAAUGAGUAUUUGAUGUCAAAACCGAUAGAAGACUGUGAUCUCAACAAAGGAAUGGAUGCUGAUCCGUAGGAGAAAGUAGUUGGUAAGAUCAGACUGGUAUGAAAGAGAAUUAUUUAAUGUCAGUUUACAUAGAAUGGCAUAUUAAUUGUGUUUGUCACACAAAACCUGUGAUACCUACCUUUAUGGAUAAAUAUUACCACCUGCAAACAAGUUGUAUUGGUAUAUUUUACAAUUCGGUUUUUGUAUAGAAAACAGAUGUGAUUAUAUAUAUAAAUUGUAAAUAGAUUUAUAUGUGUGUUUGUAUAUGUAAAUAUAUAUCAAAAAGUAUAUAUGUUAUAUAUGUAUACACUGCUAACUUGUACUUGGAAUUUUUAUACAUUUUACUUGCCCAUUUAAUAAUUUAGCCUCCAAGGCAUAUUGUAUAACUUUGUAUGUUUUUAACCAGAGAACGUUUUCAUAAGAUUGUUUCAUUACCAUAUUACGUGUUGUGUAUGGUAGCCAUACAUAUGCCUCAUUUUCUUUUCCUGUUACCAUUUAAUUAAUUGAUAUAACCAUUUAUCAAAUUAUUUCUACCAAGCUGUACCAGAUUUAAGACAUUAUUUGUCAUUGUUCGUUAUAAUUUCUUCGAUGUAUUGUUCAAUUUCCUAUGCUUGAAAAGAUAAUUAUCGUCCUGCCCACCAUUUGCUUAAUUAAUAUGGUCAUAUGUUCUGUCUGUGCAAACAUGACCAUAUCUGGUCAUUGUUAAUAGGGUAUCACGCAAAGGUAAAGCAUGGAAAGUAUAUAACGUCUGAUAUGGGGGUUUUAUGAAAAAGACUUUUGGCAAUUGAAGACCAUUAAAUUGUUUGAAGAAAGAUUACACAAUUGUUUAUUGAUAUAGUUGUACUUGGUUGAUAGCUUGAUGCCGUCCGUUUGAUUGAGUCAUUCCUAUAAUUGUCGGACGCCGCAGUAGCCUUACUUGUGAUGCUUUCCUCUUCAUCAAGUCAUCAAUGUUGACGUUGGGCACCAUAUCAUCCUUACAUUGUACAUGAUUGAUGCCUUAACUUCCUUUUUAUUGAGUUAUUGAUAUAAACUGCAGACAUCUUAGCUUGCUUUAUCUGGCAUCUUCCAUAUGUUUUGACUAAUUGAGGUAAUGUCUUCCCAACUACAGUUAAGGUCCAUCAGAAAGGUAUACUCAAAUUCAUCCAUAACAUGGUUCUUACUGAACGGAAAUAUAUAUAUUUUACAUUGAA